CUAGCAACGAGAUCGCAAGCUUUUGAUUGAUCGGCCAACAAACGCGUGAUAUUUAUUGAACAGCCCACAAUCUCAGAAGUGGGAUAAAUACCCAAAACCUACAAAAAGUGCGAUUUUCUUUUUUCUUCCACCAUCCUAAAAGUGUUUAAAGAACAAUUUGCAAGUGUGUGGUAUGAAAGGUGUGGACCCAAGAAAAUACUCAGUUGAACAGUUAAAAAAUUGGCUGGGCCACCUUAAGUUAUCCACAAAGGGUCCUAAAACUACAUUAGUUGCCCGCAUAAAUCGAGUCCCAAUUUCGAUUCGAGGUAGCCAACCGCCGUUAGUUGUGAAAUUGCUUCAGGAAGAACAACGAAAAGAAGCUGAACAAAAAAUGGAAGAACAAAGUGAGAAUUUCACAACAGGCGACGAUCAGGCGCCGACGUGCAGCAACGCCAAGAAUAACGACGCCAGCAACAACGAAAUUUGGACUUGCGAGGAAUUGCGUGCGAGUAAAAUGGAAAACGAGCAGACAGAAGCAGACGAAGUGGGUAGCCAGAAUGACGAACUACAGAAAUUAAAGAAAAAAAUGGAACAGUUACUAGAGGAGAAUGAAGGAUUGAAAAAUACCGAAAAAGAGCGAGAACCAGUGGGAGCAGGAAACAAGGAGAGCAUGAUGCUGAUGAGUGCUAGCUCUGUGUCGCUAAACAUCAUCAAAGACAUGUUGCCAGAGUUUGGCAACAAGUCGCCAGUCAACAUUUGGGUUGCACAGCUUAAAACUGUUGCUGAAAUACACAACCUAGACGACAACAUGUUGCGGCUGCUGAUCAUGACGAAGUUGAAGGGCGAAGCACUAACCUGGUUGUACGAUACCAAUGACCGACUCAGUUUCUCAAUAAACGAAAUUUUAAAUCAAAUGAUGGCAAAAUUCGGCACAAAACAAAACAAGAUGUGCUUGAGACGGCAGUUUGAGAAACGCAAUUGGCUCGUAGAGGAGAAUUUUGCCGCGUAUUAUCACCAAAAAAUUUCGCUGGCCUCACAAAUUCAGUUGGAUGAAGAAGAACUCCUGGACAACAUUAUAGAGGGCAUCCCAGACGACCAUCUACGUCAGCAGGCACACAUGCAGUGUUUCAAGCAGCCGGCUCAGAUGCUGAAAGCAUUUGAAAAAAUAACACUCCCGAAGAAAGCAACGACAUCGGUGAAUUUGGAGAAGGCGAAAGGCGAUGGGCAGCGUUUAAAAGCAGCAAUCCGCUGCUAUAAUUGCAACUCCUUGGGCCACGUCGCAGCAGAGUGCCGAAAACCAAAGAGAGAAUACGGGGCUUGUUAUGGAUGUGGCAGCUUGGAUCAUCGCAUUGCUACAUGUGAUCAGAAGAAGAAGUCGACCAACGAAUUUCGUGUCUCAUCGAUUCAGGGAGCCCGAUCAGCUUCAUAAAAAUAUCAUGUUUAAGUGAAUAUUUUAAAAAAUACAAUAAUAAUGUUAAUCAAUGUGAAAAGACAAAUGUUAAUUUUGAUAAUUUUGACGAUCUGAAAAAUCAUUUCAAUUUUGAUGUUUUUGAAAAACCUGUUAAAA